AUGGAGCGGGCCCGUGUGGACACGGAUCGUGCUGUCCAAAUGAUGUUGUCGGGAAGAAAAGAACUCAAAGUCCACACGACACUCAUGAAAAUCCGGAAACUGUUGGAAAUGGUGGAUCUCAACCCCGAAGCCGCCGAAGAUUCCAAGCUGAGUUGUCAUCGCAUUUUGGUCUGUUUCAAUGCCUUGAUUUCCAGUAUUGUACAUGACUACUUCACUCAGAGGCUUCCUCUGCAAGUCAGAAGUGGAAAGGGAAGUUUGAGAGGUGGGAGUCCUGGAGGAGCAUACAAAAAUAGAAAAUCAUCAUCCAAGAAGGGACACAAUCGAGCAAAAUCCAUGGGCGAUUGUCUUCUUGCUUCCGAAACAGAAGGACAGUCGAGAAAACCCAACUUCUCUCCAGGAUCGGCGCCUCGGAGAAUGGACUAUUUGGACCCCAGCAUUUCUUUGCCAACAACUAGUCCUCCCGAAACUUUGGACCCACCUCCUCCGCCGACUACGACAAUUUCCCACAAACGGUCUGGUUCUCAUGAUUCACCCCUCAAAAAUGUACAAUUUGAUGUCGAACCUGAGGACCCCGAGGAUGUCCUCGCCCGUCUCCUCAAUCUUCUAGCAUGUUUUGUCAAACUCAAAGAAUCCACUGGAGUAGAACGGGCUGUACUCUCCAGUCUGGUGGUCUCUGGAAAGGAGGAUUCAUUGCUCAUGAGCGACCUGGUUUUGGAAGUUGAAAACCAGAGACGGUUGCUGGAAGAACUCAAGGAUCUGCCAUUUGGAUCACUUCGAAAUCUCGUAGAGGAGCUCGUCGAAAUGAGCCUGCCUCUUCGCGAAUUGCAGCAAAGCAUAUUGAAGAAUUUUGACCUAGACAGCGUCAUUAUUAAAGAACCAGACCAGGAUGUCCACAGCGUGUGGGACUUGAUCACGGUGUACAUUGAUAAAUUACACAGUUUGGAGUUGCUCAUCAUUGAAGAAAUAGAAUAUUGCCUUCCUUCCGUUGAGGCCAGUCAAAGCAGUGAACGCAUCAGUCAAAAACCAAGCCUGAUAGAAACUGGAUUCAUUGCGGCUGUCUUUGGUACCUCCGCAUCCGAAGACGAAGUCAGAAAUAAAUUGGAAAAAAUGCCACCGGAUGAAGUCAAGGAAUUAUUGCUGCAAGGUUUGAAAUCCAAUGACAAUGAGGUGGGAGUGGACAGUUCUCAUCGAUUCGAUAUGGUCGCCAGCGGCGUGAACGGAUUGGGGGAAAUAGACGACCCACUCCAACUCAUUACCAAUCUACCUGCCUCCAAAGAAUGGGAAAUUGAUCUAUACGAGCUCAAGUUUUUGAAACGAAUAGGAGAAGGUGCCGCUGGGACAACCUACUUGGCAAAAUGGACGGGAUUGAAGGUCGCUGUUAAGGUGGCCAGCAUUACCGAAACUGGUUUAGAAGGUUGGCGGACCGAAGUCCAGGCAUUGCAAAAACUGCAUCAUCCCAACAUAAUCCGCCUCCUCGGUUCGGUCUAUCAUCCAAAUCCGCUCACGUUCUGCCUCGUGCUGGAGUAUUGCAAUGCCGGCAAUCUAAAUAUUGCCCUGAGGACUCCAACAGCAAAAGGUUUCUUCUUUCAUGUGGCAACCAGUGUAGCAAAAGGUGUCGCUUACCUGCACUCUCGAGGAAUUAUGCACAGGGACAUCAAGCCGGACAACAUUCUUUGCGACGGCAACAUCAAAAAUGGGAAUUUCACAGUGAAGGUCAGCGACUUUGGUGUCGCCACAGAAACAUCCAUACUGGGGGAUAGAACUGCAGAAACGGGUACAUACAGGUGGAUGUCUCCAGAGGUUCUCCGGCACGAAAGCUACUCGAAUAUGGCAGAUGUGUAUUCGUAUGCGGUUGUAAUGUGGCAGCUGGUGACGCGUGAGGACCCCUACGCGAACAUGAGCCAAAUUGAAGCAGCGGGGAAAGUUGCCUUGGAGCUGACACGUCCACCGCUCCCACCAGGAAUCCCAAAGUCGAUUGCAUCACUUAUUCAAACCUGCUGGAGCGAAAAUCCUGACAAUCGUUGGCCAUUUGAGCAACUGUGCGAAAAACUGGCAGAGGCAGAAUCGAAGCUCACGUUUGACGAGAUCAAAUGGCUUGAUGCACCAUUGGGGCAUCCAAUCUACUAUCCUCGAGAAGAAACAGAUGAGGGAACCAAACCUAGUAGCGGCAAUGCGCAAUUGGUUUCUGCUCCGGUUCAUGCCUUUCCGAAACGAAAAGAAGAUCGAGGCAAGGAUGAGAAAAAGAAGUCAGGCUUUUUCAAAAUCAAAAUGUUUGGCCAUUAG